AUGGCGCGCAAACCAAUGCCAGAAGAGCUUAUGAAAAUCUUCUUCCAAGGUGUUCAAGAGAACCCUGAUGACAACAAAGCCGAAUGGAAGUCAGAUGUUGAAUUAAGACCAUCAAGAUUAGGAUUAGGAGCAGAUCCAAACAAAGCAAAGAAAACAGCGACCACCAAACAAGAAAGGAAGAUAGAGCAGAUGAUUAAAAAGGAUCAAAAGCCUAAAAGGUCCAAAGAUGAUUCAUCUUCUUCUGAUGAAGGAGAAUCACGUGCAAGCUUAGGCAAGAAGAAAUAA